UCUUGACGCUGAUGAUUUAACUACAACCUCCCUCGGCUGUGCGGGGCAGCUGAAGACGAGAAUCUGUUAACACCAGCCGAGCAAGACAUAUAUAAAGGAGUGUGUGUGUGUGUGUGUGUGUAUGUGUGUGUGUGAGUGAGAGAGAGAGUGUGUGGCCGGUUACCGCCUUUUUAUAUUACACGGUAACGUCCCGUGAUGCGAUGUGAGGCACCGACAGCGCCGUUAAACCGGUUAAACCGACGUUGGACUUGCCAACCGCAAAGACUUGACUGACUUCGGGUUUUUUUUAUUUGAAAACAACAACAACCCUGCGAUGUUUGUACAUUUACCGGUGUCCUGAGAUCUGCACACUUUAAACCGAAAGCAAUAGCACUUCAUCGAGCUUCCACCGGGAGUCACAAAUAUACAGGCUUCAAACUCCAGCUGAGCAAACAGCAGUGUCACGAGGAACAGACACCCACCUGAUGCGGUGAGAGGCUUUCACAGUGUCUGCCUGCAGUCAUUCGACAUCUGAUGUCAAGAAAUCAUGUCUUCCAGGGAGCGUCGGUCAGACGUCUACAUAAAGGCCGAACCGAGCAGUCCAGAAGGAGGCGGGGGAGGUCGGACCAGCCCUGGAGGAGCCUCCUCAGACUCCUCUCAAAGCGGAGGCGGAGGAACCAGAGGAGACGGCACUAAACGUUACUCCCCGCCACUCUACACGCCAGCUCUGCGCUGCCACUUCAAAGACGAGGGCGGCGACGGUGCGGAGGAGGGCUCCACUGGAAACGGUGCAGGGCGAUGCAAGUACGCGCUGAGCACGCUGCCCAAGAGGCUGUGUUUGGUUUGUGGAGAUGUGGCCUCGGGUUACCACUAUGGCGUGGCAUCAUGCGAGGCCUGCAAAGCAUUCUUCAAGAGAACCAUCCAAGGUAACAUCGAAUACAGCUGUCCAGCAUCGAAUGAGUGCGAGAUCACCAAGAGGCGCAGAAAGGCUUGUCAGGCAUGCCGCUUCACCAAGUGCCUCAAAGUGGGCAUGCUAAAAGAGGGAGUUCGUCUCGACAGGGUUCGAGGUGGAAGGCAGAAGUACAAAAGGCGCCCAGAAGUGGAGAAUGCAACGUACCAGAGUGCCCCUCUACCGCUGACAAAGGAGAGUGAAAAAGGAUCCUCCAACAUCAUCGUGUCCCACCUUCUAGUGGCAGAGCCAGAGAAGCUAUUUGCCAUGCCCGACCCUCUGCAGCCCGACACAGCCCAGCGCACGCUCACCACCCUUUGUGACCUUGCUGACCGUGAGCUGGUCGUCAUCAUUGGCUGGGCCAAACACAUUCCUGGCUUCCUGUCACUGUCCCUAGCAGACCAGAUGUCGGUGCUGCAGUCAGUGUGGCUGGAAGUGCUGGUGCUUGGUGUAGCGUACCGCUCGCUUGGCUGCGAGGACGAGGUGGUGUUCGCGGAGGAUUUUGUCCUUGAUGAGGAAAUGUCACGUGUUGCUGGACUGACAGAGCUAAAUGCAGCAAUUAGUCAACUCGCUCGCCGUUUCCGUGCACUAAACGUGGACCGGGAGGAAUUUGUCAUGUUAAAAGCCAUCGCACUCACUAACUCAGACUCUGUUUACAUCGAGGACAUGGAGGCUGUGCAGAAGCUGCGGGACCUCCUCCACCAGGCCCUGCUGGAGCUGGAAUGUCAGCGGCACGCAGACGACCCCCAGCGGGCGGGACGCCUACUUUUGACAUUGCCUCUCCUCCGACAGACUGCUGGUCGUGCUCUUACCACCUUCUACAGCAUCAAGACCCGUGGUGGCGUACCCAUGCACAAACUAUUCCUGGAGAUGCUGGAAGCCAUGAUGGACUCUCCCUAGAGUGGAAAACGGCAGCAGCAGAAGUGAAGAGGAUUCAGAGAAAGACCCAACAGAGACCUAGUCUUCAAGAGUGGAUGAGUGGUUUGUAAGAAAUGAAAGAUUUUAUUUGAGAAUUAAUAAUGAGGCUACAUGAAGAAAGGCAAAGAAUAUGAGAAAAGAAAAACCUUGUGUUCAUGUCCCUGAGUGGGGAAUCGGUUAUUCACAGAGAGGUGUAAACUGCCAAACUUGAGUAAAAAGGCUCCGAGAUCCAAGAGUGAAAAACAUCCAACACGAAUGCCAGAGAACUUCUCAGUUUCAACAAUUUUCAUGGCGUGUUUCAUCACAGCAUCCACCUGCAGUUGCAAAACCACUGAAGAACAACAUUUAGAUACCCGAGAACAGACUGCAAUCAUGUUGGCUUUGAACUUUAAAAAAAAAACAAUGCAACAUCUACUCAAAAAAAAAAAAGCCAUAGUAACAUAUCUGGCGAAAGGCUCGAGGGGUCCAGUAAAGGAUCAGAUUGACAUGCACAUGGAGUGCUUGUAUUUACUAUAGCGUAGUGUGCCGUUGUAGGCAAAUUCAUAGGACUUACUUGCAAUAUGUUAAAAAGCAAUAUCGAUUAUUGUCUGUCACAUUUUAAAUGUGGAUAAAAGGGUGAGACAUCUAGCUGUGCGUGUAAAUCAGUAGUUCCCCACUCUCAGGACCCCCGGGUGUAGAUUUAUUUCAGAGUCUAGCUUCUGGUAGAGACUAAUUUGAGUCAGGACCUCCAGGUGAGUAGAUUUAAAAAUCUAGGAAGCACUUCUGGGGAGAAAGACUAGAGUUGGGAACCACUGGUGUACGUUAGUAGGUGCAGGAAUCUUUAUAAAAGGUUGUGCAAUCGGUUUGUAGUCCAGGAGAAGUACAUAUGAAGAUUGUGUGCUCAUAAAAUGCUCUACUAAGGAAGGUAAUAUAUUCAGUGUUGUAUGUAAAUCCUAUCGGCACACAAAAAAGCGAGCGCGUGUGUCGGUGUGCAGUCUAAACCAAUGAAGCUUCACUGAGAUCAGGGAAGAACACUUGGACAUUAAAGCCAGUGUGGCAACGACAGUGGUUAGAAAAUAAAAUGCAUACGGCUCAUCUGCUUUUUUUUAUACUCUCUUUCUCUCAUUAGAUCAAACCGCUAUUUUUGACUUCAGAAAUAAUGGUCUGCCCUGUUUGACCUGUUUGAUUUGUGGGCUGUAAUGUCUAAUUACAACCUAUCUGAUUGAUCAGUGUAUGAUUAUUAUUUUUAUUUUUUUGUGCUGCAUUUUUCUGCAGCCGUGAAGUUGCAUAAAAGAUCUCAGUUGUUUCAACGUGUACGUACAUCUGUUGAACUCCAACUCGGGCCGUAACAGGCUCAGGACAACAAGAAAUGCAACAUAUGCAACAUCUUCCUCUUGGAUGUUGAAACCUUGUGUGACAAACAUCCUUUAAAAAGUCCUACUCAUAGUUCAGCAGGUUUGUAUACUUACAGUAGAAAGCUUCACAUGCAAUGCAAGGCUACAGUGUCUGACGUCGGAUCAGAUCCGUAAAUAUAAUAUUUAGUGGUCUAAAGGGCCGUGAAUCUUUUAGCCAUGUACAGUUCCAUUUAAAUAAACCGAAACAUGCAAUUUAUAGUGGAAAAUAAUAAUAAUAAAGCCAGCAAAUGUGAUUACAAAUUCCCCAUUACAAUUAUAUUUGUGCAGCUUACAGUGUUCUGAAAUUUGUAAAGACUUGAAACUUGCUUUUUUCAUACAUUUUCCUUCCUUUCUAGGAUUUAAGGGUAUUUUAUUUACAUUGUGACACUGUCGUGGGGUUUGAAAUGAAGCUUUCCAUUCAGGAUAUUAUGAAUACUAAUUGUUUUUUUUUUUAUGUAAGCAGUGGUGUGUGUUUUAUGAAAGCUGAUUGUCAUAUUAGGGAUCAAUUUACAUACAUGGCUCUAUAGAUUUAGCAGCAUGGCGAGGCUACAGAGGGCUACCUCAGGAGGCAAGAGAAAGCCAGAUGGCCAAAUAACUGUGGAGACAACUGUUAAUCGUGGAUGUUUUUGAUUUGGGUUUGUUGAAUGUCUUGCAGUUGCCCCCCUUUUUUUUGUUUUCAUAACUUUUAAAGGUGUGUACGGCUCAUUAAUUACGCUUUAUAAGACACCCCCCCACACACACACACACACCCACAUGGUACAAAGCUGGUGUAAGUGACGGUGCAGCUCGGAGGUUAUUUUACGGCAGUUCAGAUUGAUAACGGUUCAACUUUAUAACACGAGCACCGUGGAGCAGGGACACUCUGAUUCACCUGUUUGGUGACUCGUAGGUUACAGCUAAGAUCAUUAAAAACAAAUUUUGCUCUCUGAUUUGUUUACUAAUCUAAUUAUUCAAACGGUAAACAAACAAAUAUAGAUGCUUGGGUCAAAUUUAAAUCUGUUAGUUUCUUCAUAACUCGAUUUUUGUUUCAUUAGCAACAUGUUUUAGGUACGGUGGGUUAGGGUGAAGGCACGAUCAUUUGCAGUGUCACUGUUUAAAAAUGUAGUUUUAUUAAAAUAUGUGCGCAUUAAUAUAAAUGAGCAAUACAAUAAAUUACCAAACCUCACACAUUUCCUUGUAUAGCCACAGUGUACAUUUAACAUUGCCAGUUAUAAUGAAGAAUAGCAAAACUAAACGUUAUAUUAUUUAGAAGUUCAAAUCAAUGUUUGUAUUUUGAAAAGACUAUUUAAAUGAUUAAAUUCUAUUUUUUACUCAAUUUACCGUCGUUUGUUGACACUGCUUUAUUUUUGUGUGUGAUAUUGGCUGUGAAUUUCUGUGUGUAGGCUUUUGUUUUGUUUUGUUUGUAUUUUCUUUUUGUUUCAUUUAAAUAAAAAAACAGUUUGAUGUCCUUGUCUAAAACAUGUCCACAUUUAAAAAAACGACAAAACAAACACAAAAAAAAAAUCACUGUGAAAAAAGUGAGAUCGUCCACUGGUCUGACGCAACAGGGAGUGGAUUAUUGUAGGUGCUUUGUGUUGUGUAAUAAAUGGACACACCACCACCACA